CGUGCCCGCGCUUGUCAGGUGGGAAGUUUUUAAAUGCGCGCGCAGGGAUCAGCUGUCAGUCUCAUCGCGCUGAGGACUAACGGACCGACGGUAUCCUUAAUAUCCACCAGACAAUAUAAAACAGAGAACGCGGCACUGAAACUUGUUUCUUGCAUGUGGAAAAUGAAGAUCAGUUGGAUCUUUCUUUGCGCAGUUUGCAUCUGGUCUCCAGUUCACGGAACAGUCCGAUCCUCCUCUACCUGUGCAUGUCAUGGUAAGGCACGGUACUGCAGAGAAGAUCACCUGGGACUCUACUGUUUAAACUGCCAGGGAAACACUGAAGGGCGGCACUGUGAAAACUGUAAGGAAGGAUACUACCACCAGAGGGCAGGAGACAACUGUGUGCCAUGCAACUGCAACACUGCAGGUUCUCAAGGACCAGGGUGCAACAAUGAGGGACAGUGUAGCUGUAAACAAGGAGUUUAUGGAGACAAAUGUGACCGCUGUCGUGAUGACUCUCCAGUCACUGCCAAUGGAUGUGAACCUUUGAGGCUAAUCUGUCGGUCACGUAACAACGGCCGUCUCACGUAUAAUACAGAGGAGUGCCUGCCCUGCUUUUGCAAUGGCCAUUCAAGUGUGUGCUCCUCAGCUGAGGGAUUUUCCAUUCACAACAUCACUUCAACUUUUGAAAAUGAACCUGAGGGCUGGCGAGCUGCCACUGCUCAAGGCGUGAACCCUUCUCAAGUGCAAUUCAGGUGGUCUCCAACUCACAAAGACCUUGAGGUUAUCUCUAAGGAGAUCCUUCCUGUUUAUCUGUUUGCUCCAGCAUCCUACCUGGGGAAUCAGGCAUUGAGCUACGGUCAGACGCUCAGCUUCUCUCUGCGUCUGGACAGAGGUGUCCGUCGUCCUUCCAUCGCUGAUGUUGUCCUAGAAGGAGCAGGUCUUAAGGUGUCUGCUUCGCUAGGAGACUUGAGGACUGUGGUUCCCUGUGGCAAGAAAGUCACCUACACAUUCAAACUGGACGAACAGUCUGGCAGCAAAUGGAGACCUCAGCUCUCAUCCAAAGAAUUUCAAACACUUCUGAGCAACCUUACAGCCAUUAAAAUCAGAGGAACAUUCGGUGAAAAUGGACGUGGCUAUCUGGAUGAUGUGUCUCUGGUGUCAGCUAAACUGGGUCCCGGCACCCCUGCCACCUGGGUAGAAAAGUGCAGAUGUCCUGCUGGUUAUGAUGGACUGUUUUGUGAACGCUGUGCCACUGGAUACAGGAGACGUUUCCCUGGCCAAGGCUCCCAAAGCCCUUGUGAUCCCUGCUCCUGUCAGGGUGGAACAUGUGAUCCAGAAACAGGAGGCUGUUACUCAGCUGAUGAGAUACCAAAUCUGCAGAUGUGCCCUAAAGGUUAUUAUGUAAACCGCCAACAGUCCAACUCCUGCCAGAAGUGUCCUUGUCCCGAGGGAGAGGCUUGCUAUGUUAUUCCAGGAACUCAGGAGGUGAUGUGUGCGCGUUGUCCCCGGGGGACUACAGGCUCUCGUUGUGAAAUCUGUGAUGACGGUUUUUAUGGAGAUCCUCUGGGAGAGUAUGGCCCUCCCAAACAGUGCCAGCUUUGCCAAUGUUAUGGCCAUAUGGACCAGAACGCUGUCGGCAACUGUGACCGCCGGACAGGGGAGUGUCGGAAGUGCUUGGAUCACAGCACCGGCCCCAAGUGUGAGAACUGUGAAGAUGGAUACUACCACAAUUACCCCACAGAGCCAUGUCAGGCUUGUAACUGCAACCGACUGGGUUCUGUGUCAAAUUCAUGCAAUGAUAAAGGACAGUGCAAGUGUAAGGAAGGUCACGAUGGACUCAAGUGUGACAAAUCAACAUGUCCUUCCUGCUUUAACCCAGUCAAGAACAAGAUUGAGGUUUAUGCAAGACAGCUGCAAGAAAUGGAGGAUUUAUUUAAAGGAAUUGGAGGUGAUGAUGCUCCAGUCAACGAUGCUCAAUUGGAACGGACUAUUAGGGCCGCAGAGGUCAUGGUGCAAAACCUGGAAUUUAGAGCAAAUGAACUCACAAAUACGGAGAAACAGCUUCAAGAUAAACUGGCGAGCAUUAGCCGAUCCCAGCUGAGAGAGGACAGAAAAAUGGAGGCUUUGUUGACAACAGUGGAUGGGAUCAGAAACAAGGAUCAGCAGUACAGAACAGAAGUUUCAGAAAUCCGGAAACUCAUCAGUGAGAUCAGGUUAAAACUGCAACAGGCCAAACGGGACAUCCAACAGGCUGAGUUUCCCUCAGGUGAUGCUGUGCCAGGUGCUGACACCUUGUCUGAUUUGGUUGAGAGAGCUGCUGAUCUUGCUGAGCAGCACCAAGGUGAGGCAGUGACAGUGGAGACCAUUGCAGCCACUUCUCUAGCAGAAUCUGAGAAAGCCCUAGACCUCAUCCGUGGUGUCAUCAGCCGAGAAAAUAAUGUCAAAGAUGAGCUCAGGAACCUCAAAAAACAGUAUGAAGCAGAUGUAACUAAAGUGCUUGACAUGGAUAGGAAGGCUGUUCAAAUUACUGAUGCAGCAGGAAAGGAGAGUGGAGUGGCUCAGAACACUCUCAAACAGUUAUCUGACCUGGAGAAGAAACUUCCAAAGCCCCUGAAGAAGGACAUUGCUGGUGUGGUUUCCAAGUUCGAUGGUCUGAAGGGUAUGGUAGAGGGGAAUUUAUCACAGUAUCAGGACUUUCAGCAGAAUAUGCUCAAUGAGCAGAAAGAGACAGCUGAUCUGUUAAACAAGGCCAAGAGUUUCCAACAGGUUCAAGACAAACUUCUUGCCAGGGCAAAUGCAGCUGAAGCAGUUAAAAAUAAAUCUUUGGAAAUCUUUGCCAACAACAAGGAUAGUCUGGAUAAGACACUAGAGACGCUCAAAGGAUUUGAUGACCAGAUCAGUGGGAAUAAGGAUCUGGCAGAUGCCGCUAUUAGAAAACUUCCUGCCAUCAAUGCCACCAUCCAGAAGGCCAUAGUUGACAACAUGAAGACUCAGGACAUUCUGGAUGCAAUGUCUACUCACUACAGAGAUGCUCAGGAUACUAUCGACACUCUUACAAGCACUGCAACCAAACUGGAGGGAAUGUCAGCUGCUCUUCCGCCCUCUUUGGAUAUUUUGGAAGCUGCCACUAAAUUGAAAAAGGAUGUGGAUGGACUGAAGAAAGGGGCUUCUGUAACUAGAGACAAACUGAAUGAAGAGAAAAACAAGGCAAAAGCACAGAUAACCCAAGCAAAAAAUGCUGUCACGGAAUCCACUGGGGCACUUCAAAAUGCAAAGAAUGCUAGGGAUGCUGUUAGUGAUACUUUAAAGACAAUCACUGAUAUUAUGAGCUCACUAGGAACUUCUGGGGAAAUUGACGACACACGACUGGCUGAGCUAGAGGACACCGUCGCGAAAAGCCGCAGCCGCGUGGAGAAGGAGCUGAGGCCCAGACUCAGGGAGCUGGAGGAGAAGGAAGCCCAGCAGAGAGCCACCAUUGCAGGCAUGAUCAAUGACAUUGACACCAUCCUGGCUGACAUUGCCAACUUAGAGGAGAUCCGUAAAAGCAUUCCCAAUGGCUGUUACAACAUACCACCUAUUGAAAGGGCGUAAUGGCUUUGGGUUACUGCAGGGCCAAAUCACAAUGUUACAUAGUUUAAUCUAUGAACUUAUUGGCACUACUUUUUAACUAAAGAGAGUUUAUUGUCAUAACAUGAUUUUGUACUGUGUGAGAAUUUUUUAGUAUUUAUUUUUUCAGUUUCAUUUGUUUUUCUAAUUUCG